AUGAGGUCUCCUCGGCUGUGGGGGUUCCUCUGCCUCCUGGCGCUGUCCUCCCGGCUGGGGCUGUCCGCCCGAUACGGCUGCCUGUUUGAAAAGAAGCUUUGCCCAAGAGAUCAGCUGUGCUCUGAUGAUGGGCUGUUUGGGCAGUGCCAGGCUCCCCACCAGGGGCAUGUGCAGUACCAGGUUUCUGUGCCCGUUCUCCGAAGGCUCCAGGAGGUCAUCAAAGACCUGAUGGUCCAAGGUCUGAGCUGGCAGAAUGACAUCACCCAGCUGAUCAUCGGUCGAGAGAUGAGUCAAAUUCCACAGAUCCACCCCGCCUCCAAACCGCCCAGCAAGUCUCUGAACGUGGCGCUGAACUUUCCCUCCCAGCUGCACAGGAUCCAGGGGCUGGAGGAGCAGGAUGAACCAGGGCUGAGGCAGCAGUAUCUGGACUACAUGGUGCUGGAUCACCCCCAGUCCUCCGUCCACAUGCAGAACCCGCUGCUGGACCCCUACUCCUAUCGCCAACAGCAGUACGGCUACCAGGAGGACGAUGAGCGCUCUCUGAACUCUGUGGAUGACGGCAGGGCCUUUUCCCUGAUGCCACCUGCUCUUCCUCGCGCUGGGGCCAGGGGGGGCGCGCGUCCGCUCGACCAGGACCAACAGCUUCUCCAGGACCUAGUCUCCCUCUCCCUCUCUUCAUCCUCCUCCUCCUCCACGACACCCCGCCACAGAGGGGCGCUAUCUGCGGCGGCCGGCCUCCCGGCCUCCAAUUUCUUCCCGGAGGUGGAUUUCCCACUGGACUACAGCGAGGACUAUGACUCCCAGGAUGCAGGGCUCAGCCAGCAGCGCCAAGGCGAGCAGGAGGGAGAGAGAGCACAGAAGUACUACGACCCUCUGGCGGGGCUGGAUGAACGCUCCACGGAAAAGCUGGCUCGACUCUUAGACCAUUAUGGCAUUGACCUGAAGGACUUGUCCCCGGAUCAGCUGGACAACCUGCCCACUGUACUAAAACAGCUGCAGCUCGAGAGCUCCUACUCUGAGAGAGACCCUAAAGGGAAAUACGGGAACAAUGCUGUGGCACAAAAGAAGAUAGCCGAGGGCGACAUGAUAUACAAGGUGGAGAAAGCGCCAGCGGAGGAUCAGUCCCUCAGCCUGGCCCUCGUGGCCAAGGCCCCGCCUGCUCCGGUCAAGUCCCCUGAGGCGGGGGCCCUUCCUGCCCCUUCCCACCGAGAGCCGGCCGCCAUCUCUGCUGCGAAAGUAGUGAAAGAGGGACCGAGCGGGCCGGCUGGAGGGGUCAGCAAAGCGGAGGAAGAAUACGGCUACAUUGUUACCAACCAAAGCCCCCUCAGUCUGAACGAUGGGGUGCGUUUGCUGGAGCUCCUGGCCGAGAGGCUGCACCUCUCCACCAGCUCCUUCACCAACAUCAGUGUCGUCGGGCCGGCUUUGACCUUUCGUGUCCAACCAAACCCCCAAAACCUGACGGUGGAAGAUGUGGCCGGGAAGGCAGUUGGGGAAAAGAACUUCCUGGAAUCUGAGACAGGCCUGAAGAUCCUCCAGACAGGCGUGGGAGAGAGCGCGCGAGGGUUAUCACUGCCCCUGGCCACCCGGGUCACGCCUGGCUCGCGUUGGGUGUUCGCCACCCUGGUGGCGAUCGCCUGCGUGGGCGCCGUCCUGGUGGCAGCCAUGACGGUCGCCUGCUUGCGGCACCACGCCCAUCGCCUGGCAGCGCGGAAGCUGGGGCUGGGCCCAGAGGGGGGCGCCAUCUCCCACCAGGAGUACCAGGACCUGUGUCGGCAGCACAUGGCCUCCAAGGGCGCCUUUGGACGCCUGGAGGCGGCCGCGCUGGGCGCCGUGGGAGGACCGUGCGGCGGAGGGAACGGAGGUGGGGGGGGAGGGGGUGGCCUGGACACGUCUCAAGUGAGCAGCGUGUCGUCCCAGUUCAGCGACGGGGCCCAGGCCAGUCCCAGCUCCCACAGCAGCACCCCGUCUUGGUGUGAGGAGCCUGCCCAAGCCAACAUGGACAUCUCCACCGGACACAUGAUUCUGGCCUACAUGGAGGACCACCUGAGGAACAAGGACCGCCUGAUGAAGGAGUGGGAGGCACUUUGCUCCUACCAAGCGGAGCCCAGUGCUGUCUCCGUGGCCCAGAGCGAAGCCAACGCCAAGAAGAACCGCUGCCCCGACUCCGUGCCCUAUGACCACUCCAGGGUGAGGCUGAAGGCAGAGGUCAACCCCUCACGGGCCGAUUACAUCAAUGCCAGCACAAUCAUUGAGCACGAUCCCAGAAUGCCUGCCUACAUCGCCACUCAAGGGCCCCUGUCACACACCAUCUCUGACUUCUGGCAGAUGGUGUGGGAAAGUGGCUGCACGGUGAUCGUAAUGAUGACGGCUCUGGUGGAAGAUGGAGAGAAGCAGUGUGAUCGCUACUGGCCCGAUGAAGGCUCCUCCCUCUACCACAUCUAUGAGGUGAACCUGGUAUCAGAACACAUCUGGUGUAACGACUUCCUGGUGCGUAGUUUCUACCUGAAGAACGUCCAGACCCAGGAAACCAGAACUCUGACCCAGUUCCACUUCCUCAGCUGGCCUGCCCAGGGCAUCCCCACCUCCACACGCCCUCUGCUCGACUUCCGCAGGAAGGUUAACAAAUGCUACAGAGGCCGAUCCUGCCCCAUCAUUGUGCACUGCAGUGACGGCACGGGUCGAACUGGGACCUACAUCCUGAUAGACAUGGUUCUUAACCGCAUGGCUAAAGGUGUGAAGGAGAUCGACAUCGCUGCCACCCUGGAGCAUGUUCGUGACCAGAGGCCCGGGAUGGUUCGCACCAAGGAUCAGUUUGAGUUUGCGCUGACAGCCGUCGCAGAGGAGGUCAACGCCAUCCUGAAAGCCCUGCCUCAGUAA